CUUUUUAUGAAGGGUUUUUAAGGGAAUUAUACAGGCUAAAUGAAAAAUGUUUAUAGCAAAAAUAUAUUUAUCUCGACCAGCAUUAUGGCAAUGUUCUUUUGAAUCUCAGUAUUUUCUUAAAAAAUCAUAUUUUUCAAUAUUUGUUGGGUUAAAUAAGAACAAACAUAUUUCUUUAAAUAAAGAAACUAAGGAAAAAGAUGUAUUAUCAGAGGGUAGAUUGCAUGAUUAUUCUAAGUUAAAAAAUCAAAAACUACGAAGAACACAACUACAUAUUCCAUAUGUUUCGGAUUUUCUUGUUAGAGAUCCAGUUUUAGAUAAACAAUUGAAUUUUUUGGAGAAUAAAGAUGAAGAUAUGUCUGAAGAAGGUUUAGAAGGUUUAGAAGGUUCGAAAGAAUCUAAUCUAGCAUCUUAUCUACCUAAGAUUGAAUCAACAUUUUUAAAAGAAAAUGAAGAAGAUCCUAGAUAUUUAUCUAUGAUAACAGGAAUGUCUCCAUGGGAUAUUAGAAAACUUAUACAAAGGCCUCUUGUAAUACGAAGAGUUGUAAAUCAGACGAGAAAAGGGAAAAUUCCAUCAAUGUAUACAUUAGCAAUAGUAGGAAAUGGUAGUGGAAUGAUAGGAUUAGGUGAAGGGAAAUCUAAAGUAUUACGUACAGCAAUAAAAAAAGCAUGUUUACAAGCUAUAAAAAAUAUGCAUUAUAUACCUCGGUAUGAAAACCGAACGAUUUAUGGGAAUGUGAAAUAUAAAUUCCAUGCAGUAUUAUUAGAAUUGAGAUCUAGGCCACGCGGCUUUGGUAUACGUGCAAAUCAUUUUAUUCAUGAAAUAUGUCGUUGUAUAGGUAUAAAAGAUCUCUCGGCAAAAGUAAGAGGUUCACGUACAGGAAUGAAUGUAGUUAAAGCGACACUUCAAGCAUUAAAAACUCAAGUUUUACCGGAAGAUAUUGCAAGAGCUCGAGGGAAAAAAGUUGUAGAUGUUAUGCAAACAUAUUAUUCUAAAUCAUAAAAUUACACCAGUUUUAUUCUCACAUAUUGUAAAUAAUAUUAGCCA